AUGGUCCUAGGCGUAAGAAGUGAUGAUGGGAAAACUCAGGUUCCAGAAAUACGUUUUCCAACGAAGCAUUGCAAGGAACAUUGUCAGCUGCCAAUAGCACAGCUGACUGGCAUCUAUCGUGGAGCCAUUAUAACUUUUUUCCAUUUGCCGCUUGAAAAUCGCUUCACUUUCGCUUCUUUCUUUCUUUUUCUUUCCUUUCUUUCUUUCUUUCUUUCUUUCUUUCUUUCUUUCUUUCUUUCUUUGCCUUAUAUAUUCUUUCUUUCCAUUUUUUGUCUAUGCGUUUCUUUUUCUUUCGUUUAUAUUUCAUUCUAUAUUCUUUCUUUUUCUUUCCUUUCUUUUUUCUUUCUUUUUUCUUUCUUUCUUUCUUUGCCUUAUAUAUUUUUCUUUCCAUUUUUUUGUCUAUGCGUUUCUUUUUCUUCCCUUUUAUUUUUCAUUCUAUUUUCUUUCUUUUUCUUUCCUUUCUUUCUUUCUUUCUUUCUUUGCCUUAUAUAUUUUUCUUUCCAUUUUUUUGUCUAUGCGUUUCUUUUUCUUCCCUUUUAUAUUUCAUUCUAUUUUCUUUCUUUUUCUUUCCUUUCUUUCUUUCUUUGCCUUAUAUAUUCUUUCUUUCCAUUUUUUGUCUAUGCGUUUUUUUUUCUUUCGUUUAUAUCUCAUUCUAUUUUCUUUCUUUUUCUUUCCUUUCUUUCUUUCUUUCUUUCUUUGCCUUAUAUAUUUUUCUUUCCAUUUUUUGUCUAUGCGUUUCUUUUUCUUUCGUUUAUAUUUCAUUCUAUUUUCUUUCUUUUUCUUUCCUUUCUUUCUUUCUUUCUUUGCCUUAUAUAUUUUUCUUUCCAUUUUUUUGUCUAUGCGUUUCUUUUUCUUCCCUUUUAUAUUUCAUUCUAUUUUCUUUCUUUUUUUUUCUUUCUUUCUUUCUUUCUUUCUUUCUUUCUUUCUUUCUUUCAUUCUUUCUUUCUUUCUGUCUCCUUAUCGUAUCUACUAAGAGCACGAAUUGACCAUUCUCUUCUAUCUAUCUAUCUAUCUAUCUAUCUAUCUAUCUAUCUAUCUAUCUAUCUUCACUAUUUAGAGAAGAAUAUCUAUCUAUCUAUCUUCAGUAUUAAUUCCUACCUAUCUAUCUAUCUAUCUAUCUAUCUAUCUAUCUAUCUAUCUAUCUAUCUAUCUGCAGAUCAAGAAGCCAUAGCCUAA